AUGGAGGGCGGCGGGGUCCGGGCGGCGGGCGGAGCUGGAGGAGGAGGCGGCCUCUGGGUGCUGGUGGAGGCCCGGCUCCAGGGUGGAGCUCCGUGGGGCUUCACCCUGCAGGGAGGCCUGGAGCACCGGGAGCCGCUCAUCAUCUCCAAGGUGGAGGAGGGCGGUAAGGCCGACACUUUGGAGACGCCUCUGCUGGUGGGAGACGAGAUUAUCGUCAUUAAUGACAUAGAGCUGACUGGAUACCGACAGGAGGCCAUCACUCUGGUGAAAGGAUCGUACAAGACUCUGAAGCUCCUGGUCCGCAGGGAGUUUGAUCGAGGAUUCAUCAGAGAGCCUUCACCUCCUUCGCUUCCUGCUCUUCAUCCUCCUUCUCCUCCUUCUCCUCCUUCUCCUCCUUCUCCUCCUUCUCCUCCAUCACCACAACAACAACAAACACCAGCGUCGUCUCACCACAGCCGACCUUGUUCAGCAGGAGGAGUCCAACUACGCAUUAAGAACAGACGCACUGACCCGGCGUCUCGGCCUCACUCGUGGCAUUCGACAAAGCUCGCGGACGCUCAGCGAGAGUCCGAACGAGACCAGAUGGACACGAUGAGCAGCGUCUGGCACCAAAGCUAUCACACCAGUGCCUCGACCACCAACCUGUCCACUGGCUUUGACUCUGGCAGCAGCUACCUGAGGAAGAGUCCGGACCAGUACAGCUCCCGAGGCAGCAUGGAGAGCCUGGACCCCCCCCAGUCCUCCCAGCUUCACUCUGGAGCUCAGCACCACCACCCACUCGGACACCACGCCCACGGUGGACCUCACCCCGCCUACUCCUCCUGCCACCAGCUGUCCUCGGCCAGGUCCUCAAACAGCAUCGACCACCUCCACAGUAAACGAGACUCCGCCUACUCCUCCUUCUCCACCAGUUCCAGCAUCCCGGAGUACCUAGCCUCCACCCCCUCCUUCAGCCCAGAGCGCUCCUACUCUCUAGAGACCGUCCCUCAGAGAGGAGGUGGUGAGAUGCAGCAGGCGGACAUACAUUACAUCGGGUCAGAUUACGACGCCCAUCAGGGUCUUUCUCCGGAGGAGGAGCUAAGUUCCAACUCUGCAGCGAUGCUACGCAGCAGCGAAUCCAGAGGGACGAGGUCGGGAAUGAACCGAGAUCUGCAAGGAUCAAUGGUGGGUGUCUGCUAUCGCGGCAGCAGCAGCGGCAGCAGCAGCAGCAGUAGCGGCAGCAGCAGUGGUGGCGUGCCAGCUUCUAACCGACACAGCGUGGGUCCGAUCUGGAGCCCGGCAGCCAGCGGUAACUCCUACGAGAGCCUGAAGGGGGCGCCAGCUCCACCGCGGCGCAGUGACAGCUACGCAGCCAUCAGGAACCACGACAGACCAAACUCCUGGUCCAGCUUGGAGAACGCCCGGUCGCUGCGGUCUCUGCACAAAGGUUCCUGGCAUCACUCCAGUGGCCCCGUGGCCUCCGGUGCAGCUAAAGGCUCGUAUGGCAUGGAGGGUCAGCUCCACACAGUGAUAGAGAAGAGUCCAGAGAGCAGCCCCACCACCAAGCCCCGGCAGGGUGGGGGGUUUCCCCAGCCACCCUCGCCCCCGGAGUCCUCCUCUGGAUCUGAAGGCCCCGGCCCCCAGUCGGCCCGACUCAUGCUUCCCACUGGGAUGUACCACGUCCCCCAGCCUGAGACCCACUAUGCACAGAUGCCCAGUUCCAGCCCUGGACCAGGCUCCUCUGGAAUCGGAGGGAGGGAUGAAGGAGUGACCGAGCGGCAAAGGGAUAGAAAGAUAUCAACUACAGAAAAUGGACACCAAAAUAACAUUUCCUCUUCUUCAGCACAGCCACACUCCUCGUAUCCACGACCUCCCUCUUCACAGCUCAGGACUGAAGCACCAGAGGCCGACAGGCCUCAACUGGAAGAGUCAACCUAUGUGAACUACAGUGCCCUCAUGAAAGGUCCUGGAGGGCGACCAGAGGGUCAAACUGGGAACCAGAGGCCCCCAAACCACCAGGAACCUCCCAAUCAGAGCUGCCAUGGGUCCUAUACUCAUAAAGGCCAGGGACCCCACAGCCACAUGUUCCAGGAACAGAACCAAGGUUUCCAUAUUCCCCAAAUCCAGUCCACCCCUGGACCCAGGUCCUCGUCCUCACAGGAGUGGAUGGACCCCUACACGUCUGUCCAGUCCAGGGGAGACCAGAGCAGAUCCCUGGACCAGAUCAGCAUUCACUCAGACUCGGAGGCGUUCUCCAGGCCUCCACAGGGACAGGUACCACCCCCCCACUCACCUGUUCACGCUCAGCCUCAGGUUCCACCAACUUCUGCCUCCCAGACUUCUUCCCACCAUCUCAGUGACUCAGCAGCUUUGCAAUACCAACAGUGGGACGACAGAGAGCAGGAUAAAGACAGAGAACACCCACUGACGCGCCUGGAGAUGGCCCUCGCCGAGUUCCAGCGGUGCACCAGCUCUGACAGCGUUGUCUCUGCCAGUAGCCAUGGCAGCGCUAGCUUUGAAGAUGGCGGCCAUGGGCCAACCCGUAGCCUCUCUGUCUUAGAGAAAGUCAGUCGCUUUGAGCGCCGGGAGCGUGCCGGGAAGCAACGCAGCCACAGCACCAGCAAAGCCACCCAUCAACGGUUGUCUGAUAGAGGCGGCUCCCCCUGCAGAGCAGAUGACCUGAGGAACAUGUUGGAGAGAAGCACUAACGGGACCAAAGCCCUCAGAACCCUGAGCUACAGGGGAACCAGCAGCGACCUCUUGAAAUACAGCACCACAGCAGAUCCCAGUUCAGCUCUGCAGAGGAGUCGCAGCACCUUCCAGCUGGAGGAACCCAGGGAGAUGGACAGCAACAAGGACUUCACAAGGAGACAGGACUUCCAGGAGGUGCUGGGCACCCUGCAGGACACAUCCUCAAACAGAUCUUACAGAGACUCUUUGAAAGACGCCCAGUCUAAGGUCCUGCGGUCCACCUCCUUCAGACGGAGCGACCUCAACUCCUCAAACAGCCCUCCACCUGCAGCUCCUUCUCCUGCGUCCUCCUCCAGCAGCCACCAUGCUCCAGCCGUCCCUGCCAAGUACCACUCCCUGGAGAAGAAAGGCCCAAAAACCAUGCCCAAGCCCCAUGGCAUCAUCAUCACACCCCAGUCCCCACCACCGGUCACUUCCCCUCACACCCCGAAGGAGCGGCACGUGGUGACCCCGGAGGUCCGAGGCCAGAGCCCUCCAGCUCUGCCCAGGAUCCCGGCGGUUGGACCUCCUGCUGUGACACGGAUCUGUGGCCGCAAGCGUCUGAUGGCAGAGCAGAAGAAGCGCUCAUACUCGGAGCCAGAGAAUAUGCACGAGGUUGGGAUUUCAGAUACAGAGACCACUGCCCUCUUCAGGCGUGGAGGAGAGACCAGCGUGAAAGACCGGCGGAAGAUAUUUGAACGGGCAGCAAGUUGUGUCGGGGGCGGAGCUCCCCAGAACGCCACGCCCAGGCCCGACCUCCGGCAGCUUCAGCACGACGCUCUCGCCGAGUAUGUGGAGAGGAAGAGAAGCGUGAGGAGAGAAGAGGGAGGACCGAGGAGGCCUCGCAGCGCUUUCAUACAACCGGACAACAACAACCACAUGGUCUCCUCCAGUUACUCAGAGACCCAGAGCCUCUCCUCCGCCUCCAGCCUGCUCUCCCUCCAGGACUCUGGCCUCGAACAAAGCCACUCCUCUGGGCGCUCCACCCUCCCCCCUGGAAUCGACCUGCGUAACCACCAGUCCAACCUCUUCUACCCGGGAAGAGUGACGACCCCGAGGCCUCCAGCGCACCCCUCACACCGUGCUUCUCCUGACUCCCCCCCUGAGCUCCAGGCCAAGUCCCUUCAGGACCUCAGGUCUGUAGCAGGUCCCAGCAGACAGAGUCGGUCUGUGAGCAGAGACCCGGGCCACCAGCAGCCGGACGCAGAUCCUCACCUCAGCCUGGGUCUGUCCAGGCAGCUCGACGGCGCUCUGCAGAGGGCCGGGUCCAACCGCAGCCCGGGGAGGUCGGCGUCCGCUGAGGAUCUGCUGGAGCAUUCAGAGGAGAAACAGUCGAGACACGUCCGCUCCCGCUCCUCGCCGACCGGGGAGAGAGUUCACAAGGACGUCCCUGCAGGCGACGCCAGGAUGUUCGGUGUGUUCCUCUCUCAGCCUGUGGACAGACCUGCAGACCUCCAGGAUCCAGAGGGUCUCGUCUGUCCUCAACCAUCUCAGGACAGUCUGAAGACCAUCCAGCCUGCAGCUCCUCCUCCAGACCCAGGCUCCUCCCCCUCCUACACUCCUGUCACCCAUAGGGAGCGCCAGAGGACCACAGAGCGCCAGCGAGCGCACAGCACCUCCACCCUGGCUGCCUCCGUCGGCCUGCCCUGCCCCUUCUCCUCCCCGGGGGCGCCGGAGGGAGGAGGCACCGAGUGGCAACCCAACGAGGGGCGGAGCCUGGCCCACCUGGACGCCAUCACCUACCCAGACAUCCCACUAACCAGCAUCGGCACCAGUGAUGGCGCUGUGGGAGCCGACAUCAACACGACUGGACUUGAUGAAACCCGUCUGACGGACAGACAGACAAGACGCCGUCUGAGUGACUUCAGCAUUUUAGAGGAGACGGAGAAGGAGGCGUCCAGAGGGAGGGCGCAGAGCUUAGAGAUGAUCGGUGGACGUUCCUCAGAAACCACCAACCAUGUUUCACCGGUGAGGACAACCCCCCUGUCCCCACCCUCAGCCCCAGCCGACAGGAAGUCUCCUUCCCCGACAUUCUAUCCGUCCAUGCGCCACCUGUCCUCCCUGAGAAUCUCAGAGUCCCGCCUCCUGAGCCCAGUCGGGCCGCCGCCCCCCCCGGUAGAAUCCUCCAGAGGCCGAUCGCAGGACGACUUUGACGAGGUCUUCCUCCAAAACCCUGCGCCUCCCUCCCCUCCUCCACCAAUCAGAGAGACGAGCCUCGUGGAGGACUUCCCGCCUCCUCCCCCCCCGGUCGAGUUGGAGCACGAAGAAGCUGAACUCAGGUCUGUGACUUUAUAUUCAUCUGAAAUUUCUAAUUCAGAACUUCCCAGCAGGAAGUCGUCCCCCCCUCCCCCCUCCAGUGUCUUCCCUCCACCUGUGCUGUCCACCAUCACUCCCGUCAACACACACACCACCACCCAGCUCAGCCUCGGUCUGGAGUACCAGCCGCUGCCCGAGAGGGAGAAGACACCAGAGGAGCUGCGAGUGGAGGCGCUGGCCCAGAAGCUGGUGUUGCAGGACAGCUCUCUGGCGCCCCUCCUGGACUCGUGGGGAGCUAAAUCCACGGUUGAGCUACUGAAGGAGAUUUUUCCAAACAGCAGAACAGCUGAUAAAUCCCAUUGGCUGCACAGAGGCAGCUGUCAGAUGGAUGAAGGGAUCCAAGAUGGCCUCUUUGGUUCCGCUCCGAGCUCAGAGAUGGAAGGAGACACAGAGACCGAAGAGGACAAAGACGUCAACACUAGAAAGGUGGAGCUGUGUGAGGCUCUGAGGAGCAGCGUGGACGCUCUGCGGCAGGAGAAGGAGGCGCUGAGCGAGGAGCAGAAGCAUCACCAGGAGCUGGGGGCGAGCGUGGAGGCGUUGGUGCAGGAACGCCUCAAAACCAAUGAGAGGGACAAGUACAGCAUGUUCAUCGGAGAUCUGGAGAAAAUCGUGAACCUGCUGCUGUCGCUGUGCAGUCGACUGUCGAGGAUCGACCGGGCGCUGCUCGCUCUGCAGAGGGAGGAGCUAACGCAGGAGGACGCAGCGGAGGAGCAGGAUUCCCUCCAUCACAAACGCUCUCUGCUCCUCCGUCAGACCGAAGACGCCUGGGAGCUGAAGGAGAACCUGGACCGGCGGCAGCGGGUCGUCCACGCCAUCCUGUCCGGCUACCUCACCGAGCCGCAGCUCCGGGACUACCGCAGCUUCGUCAGCACCACACCCUCGCUUCUGAUUCGCCGACGGCACCUGGAGGACCUCAUCCGCCAGGAGGAGGAGCAGCUGACGCGGCUGGCCGAGAGUUUGCCGGUGGAGGAGGCGGAGGCUCGCGGCUGGUCGAGGGCCUCUCCGUUCUUACUGCCGCCCUGUUCCUCUUUGUUUCCACCGCUGCUGCCAGGCCCCGCCCACUCCGUCAGGCCCACCACGGUGACCUCACUGUGACAUCACGACGAUGCCACUGCUGCAGGUGGCGGUGGAGAACAGGAAAUGAUGUAGAGACGAUGGGUUCCUUAAAAACUGUGAAGGUGUCUCAUGAAGGAAAAAACCUGAUGCAGGUUCUGUUCACACUGAAGAAACUCUGCAGGAUUUAAACGUGAAGAAGAAAAGACGCUAACGAGCCUCGUCACUAUUCAGCUUAACCUUUGUUCACCUCAGCAUCGGCCGGGACUCAAACUGCUGUUUUCAGACGUGACAUUUUUUUAGAGUUCACGUCUGAAAACGGCUUCUUUAUCCUCAGAAAGGUUCAUUCGAAGAAAGGUCAUCGUCAAAAGGAAAAUUCUAGAGUUACAGCUGAAAAUCUUAUGAUCAAAACACACGAGUCUGUAAACUCUCAGAAUAAAAAUCCUUUCUGAUCCUUUCAGCAGAUAAAUCACAAACAUUUUCAGAGUUGAAUCACUCAGAGCUCGUAAAUCUCAGCGUGGAAGUAACGACUCUUAAAAGAGUGGAUGAACCUGCAGGUUAGAAAGAAACCAGCAGGAAUCCUAGAAAUGCUUCCGUCUGUGGAAUUGUCCUGAAACGCUGGUGGGCGUGGCCUCGCUCACGGAUCCGAACUCGUCACCGCAGCUCGUUGCACUUUCAGCUGUUCGACUGGUUUACGAUGAAUUUACACCGAACCAGAAACUCUCAUUCCUCCUCCAACUGUUUCCUCUAUUCAAACACUUGAUGUCCCAACUUGUGUCAACUUUGACCUGUUAAAUAUUAUUAAAUAUCUAAAUAAUGAAUUUAAAAUAAAUAUUUCUCUUCAUAACGACACAAUCACUUUGUGACAUCAAGUGUUUCUUUUCUCUUCUAUAUUCUUCUUCUCGU